GCCCUUUCCUCUUAACCACCACCACCAAGCCACCUUACACUCCCUAUUUUUUCUACGCAGAGCGUCACGACCUUAAUAUUUUCUCCCUCUUGGUUUCUUUGAUAACAUGGAACAAUUAUGCAAUGAAGUGCUUCAGUUGAUAUUCUACGAACUUCAAGAACCUACAUCAUUGACACUCGUUUCGAAACGAUUCUACGAAUUCUCACAGGACCCCUACUUUCGAGCUCAUUAUUUUCUCUCCCGCUACGGCCCCGCUCAUGCCUUGUAUCAUGCUCUCGGUCGUGGCAAAGUUCUCACUGAGAGAGUUCUCGAUAUCUUGAUCACCAGCGGAGCACAUUUCUCUCGAUACCUCAUUCAAGUGGCCAUUCAUCAUUACUUCCAUACUCAAUCACAUUUUAUCAAGACUCAAUGGGUUCGAAGUGUUUCAUUGCCCGUCUUUACCCACUUUUUGCAACUCGCAUCUCGCCGUUAUGAUCACAUCCCGAGGGGAAAAGGGCAGGACGAUGGAUCAAUAUUUGCUCAAUUUCUAAGCGAGAGCCGAUACCCACCGAGCCAGAAACGUGUUUCCUGGGAGAAUAUUCGGGUCAUCAUAGAGGAAUACCAUUUCUUCCCUUUCUGCAACAAGGAUCCGAUAAUGGCACAAUUCCCCUUAGUACUAGCCAUUGAGCCCCGUCUUCUUCCAUAUGCUGUAGCCAACGGGUUUUACAUGGACAGCAAGUAUCGUGACUUCGUCUUUCGCAAGAUGUUCGAGUACGCGGCGGCGAGCGACCGCAGGCCAGAGGAUAUUGUGCAGAACUUCGAGGAACUAUCGCGGCUCGAUUCAACAAUGUUUCUCACACGAACUGUCGCGGCAGAAAUUUGUGUAGAGGCGAAAGUGAACAGAGUCGGUUAUACGGCGCUAAAGCAGUUGGAUACGAAUGGUCGCUUACGGUUUAGUCUUUCCUCUUUGGUCGAAGACCUGCUAAAGCUAUUUCUGAAAACUCGCUCGGUGACGACACUCGAGACGCAAACGACAAUCCGGUUCUUAUACAAAGAAUUCCCUUCGUCUGACCCAACAGUUCGCCUUGUCGUCCUGUUGACCGUCUUUAUGGCCGCAGAUGUGGACAAUCUCAUUACAGUUAAAGUGAGGCUCGAAGAUCUGAACAUCGGGCCCUUGAAAAAGGAGGACGUGUACAACCUACUGGUACACCCCCUUAUGGAUAGGUGUACAACCGUAUUUGAUUACAUGCGAAGUGAGAUGGCGUCAUCGGAGGACGCGCAGCAGGGACUGGGUGCAAAGGAGAUUCAAGAAGUUAUCGACAACGUUGCUGCCAGGCUUCUAGAGGUCGAUUGUAAGGGACGAAUGCUCGAACGACUUCAUGAUAGCUAUCCAAGUGUAAACGAAACCAUCAUCAGGACCGUCCUUACCAAACAUCGAAUUGAGCUCGAAGAUCUGCCUAAAAUGAGUAAUCCCGCAACCUGUAGAAACUAUCGACCGUCAUUAUGCCGGGAACACCACUAUAAAGGUUCAGAGAUGGACUACUUCUGGGAUACAACUACCUCUACGGAGUCUCAAGUGGCUGGCGACAAUGUUGAGGAUGGCAGUGUGGGUAAAGGGCAAGGAGCAAGCAGGAAUAUGAAUGAGAUUCAUGUGCGAGAGCUUGGGGAGAUUAGCCAAGAAUCUCUGACCAUUAUGAUACGACAGGAUGAACUGCUUCCUUCCAGAAACCGUCGGAGGAUGUCCUACUUCUCCGCGUACUCUGACCUCGGGCUAUUUAACUUACCGAUUGACUACUCUCAAGUUGGACGAUGGAUAAAGGCAAAAUUUGGCGCCAGGAACAUCGUAACCGCGAUUUUCAUGACCCAUGCUGUACUGAAUAAUGCUUCUUCUAUCUUGCGUCACUAUCUCAUGGAGGCGGCGCCAGUCCCAUUAACUCUCAAACACUUCCAGAUUUUAGCUCGCUUGGGACGGCCGAUCAACUACAACCUUACAUUAUUCUUGUUGACUGGACCCGAGUUUUACCACUGCGAGGAUGAGUAUCUCGUUCACUGCGACGCCACAAGCAACACUCUUUCAGCGUUGACAUCUGAUGACACGAAGAGACUUCCAGCGCUCUCUGCUGCCACGAAUAAUUCCCGGAGUACCGGUCGCAAACGUCCACGUCGAAGUGCGGCCAACAUGCGUACUUAUGUCAUUGCUGACUCCGACGAAGAAAAGAGUGACCUUUUGAAGGAUUGCAAACAUCCUGAUUCAAAGGAAAUAAAACAAGUUCUUAACCUCGAAACAUGGAUCCAAGAAUUGGGAAAAUUGUUAAGGGUUGAACAAUCUCGGUUUCGCCAACGGAAGAAGAACCAAUGCGGAAACAGUUCAGAUGCAAUUCUAAACGAAUUUAUGAAAUCUUUGGGCACUGAACUACGUAUACUUCGUAAGCAUAGUCGGGAAAAGAACGUAUCUCAUAAUGAGGUAGCCAUCUAUGACGACGGCGACGAUGGCGAAUACGUUUAUCGGGAGACGCGGUUGAAGAGAACAAGGACAACACGUUGAUUGUUUGCUGCCACUUCCCUGUUCUUUGUUAUGCUCUCUCGUUCCGCACGGUUCAUUCAAUUCGUUGCAAUGAACGUAUUCACGGCCUUAACAAUAGAUUUAUCGCUAAUCUCCGUAGACAAUUUAGGUCUUCAAGGAGGAGUAGUCGUAUGCUACUAGUGUUUACUAAUAAUUAUUUAACAUUAUGUAAUGUUGGUUUAUAGUAUUGAACUGUUACUUACUUGUGCUCCCUUCUGUUCUUAGUUUCAUGUAAUACCUACUAUGCUGAAGUCUGUAGCAUUUGUAUCAUUGACCACCGUGCGCU